AUGGUAGUAUUCCUUUCGUUACCGUCUCUGUUUUUCCUUUCGCCGUUCGGCGACGCGUAUAAGUACCCCAUGGACGCAGAAUUUGUGAAGAAAUGCGUGGACGAGCACAACCGGUACCGUUCCGGGGUGACACCGGGAGCCAGUAACAUGUACUUCAUGAGUUGGGAUGCAGGUCUGGCUAAAACUGCAAGCGCAUGGAGCAAGACUUGCAGCUCUAAACAUAAUCCACACCUGAAGAGAAAAGGAGAAGCCCAUCCGAUUUUUGAGACUGUAGGAGAAAAUAUCUAUGUUGUAUCAGGCCGCUUUACUAUUGAAAAUGCUAUCAAAGAAUGGUAUGAUGAAGAAAAAUAUUAUGAUUUUGAUAACAAUAAAUGCAACAAGAAAAACAUGUGCGAACGUUAUACCCAGCUUGUCUGGGGAGAAAGUUACAAACUUGGCUGUGCAGCUAAUUACUGUCCCAAAGGGAUUAAAGAUUCUAAAAUUGAAAAAGAUGGAUCAGUAUUUGUGUGUAACUACUCACCCAGUGGAAAUCGUGAAGGACAGUCACCAUACGAUAAAGGAGCACCUUGUACAGCUUGUGGUUCGGAUUUUUGUAGGAGCAAUUUAUGCAGUGAACCAGAUCGUGAAGAAAUUUCCCAAUACCCCGAAUGGAAUCCAGACUUUGGAUCUGCCUCCACUUUAUUGUCAAACUGCCUUCUGACAUUUAUGUCUAUUACUUUAAUACACAUUCUAUGCCAGAAGGGUAGCCUGCGCACCCAUGUGGGCCAGGGCUUUGCCUGCUUCUUUGUAAAAUUCAUGGAACAGUACCUCUUCAACAACUACACUGGCACCAUUCCUUACUUAUUUCUUUGCUACAUUGAUGACUAUAUUGGUGCUACCUUGUGCUCCUGCAAGAAGCUUGAACAGUUCAUCAAUUUUGCAACAUCUACCACCACCCCCUCAAAUUCACCUAGAUCAUUUUUGACACCUCCGUCCCCUCCCUGGGCCUCUCCAGCUCCAUCUCUGAACCUUGUCAAACACUUUACUGAAAGCUACGUAGACAAGAAGGCUCAUCUGAUGACUCACCAUCUGCUCUUCAUGCCCUAA